UCAAACUGACAAUGUUUUCCUGAGCCAAAUUCCCGUGAGUUAAUUAAAAGCCCCCCUGAAAGAAAAUGUCCACCAAAUUGAAGCUGUAUGUAGGCCGCAAGAUAAUUGAUGCUCUAGACAAGGCCACUAAGUUCUCCCCCACACAGCUGCAGAAUCUAAUUCACGUGGGAAAUCCCGUAGAAAAAAGCAAAGUUGAGCUCAAUCUGCCUAUGAAUAUUCUGGAAACCCAUCUAGGAAUAACCAACGUAAACCACAUCCUAAAAAUCCAACCCGAUGAUAUAAUUCGAAGCGUGAACUUGGUCAGAGACCGAGCUAACAGGAAAAUUUCAUUUGAAAUAGACCGCACCAUCUUCAUGAAAGAUGUGAUGGAAAACUCGUUUUUGCCGGAUUUGAAUUUCAAGCCCCGAAACAUGGUGAUUGAGUUCAGUUCGCCGAAUGUGGCAAAACCUUUCCACUAUGGACACCUUCGGUCUACAAUAAUCGGCAACUUUCUGAGUAAUUUGAACACAUUCAUCAAAAACAAAGUCACACGGCUGAAUUACUUGGGCGAUUGGGGCACGCAAUUUGGGCUGAUUAAAAUCGGAGUGGAUCAUCUGAAUUACGACACAGAAACGCUGAAAAACGACCCGAUAAAACUACUGUACCAGUCGUAUGUUCAUGCCAAUAAACUAGCAGAAAGCGAUCCGAAUAUUGCCGAGCAGGCCAAAGCUCUAUUUGCCCGGCUCGAGCAAGGAUCUCCGGAAGACUUGGAGGCCUGGAGGCAGAUUCUAGACUUCACCAAAGACGAAUUGGCGAAAACCUACAGUCGAUUGGGAAUAACAUUUGAUGAGUAUAACUAUGAAUCGAUGUACAGUGCCAAAGAAAUUAGCAGCGUUAUUGAAGCUUUAAGAACAAAAAACAUAUUGAAGAAGCAGAAAGAUGGCAAAGAGGUAGCAGAAAUAGGCAAUGACCGCACAGUAUCAGUGAUGAAAAGCGAUGGCACCACCCUGUACCUGACUAGAGAUAUUGCGGCAGCGAUAGAUAGAUUUGAAAAGUUUAAAUUCGACAAAAUGUAUUAUGUAGUGGAAAACGGGCAAAGUGAUCACUUCAACGCCCUGAAGAGCAUCGUCAGCAAAAUGGACAAGCCAUGGGCGGAUAGGAUUUUUCAUGUAAAGUUUGGCAGAAUUAGAGGAAUGAGUACCAGGAAAGGAACUGCGGUAUUUUUGAAUGACAUUCUGGACGAGUGCAAGGAACUAGUUGUUAAAAAGCAAAUUGAAUCUCCAACUACUAAAGUCCCAAUUACCGAUGAGAAAACCUCAGACAUUUUGGGAAUUAGCUGUGUAAUCAUCAAUGACUUGAAACAGCGCAGACAAAAAGACUAUGAUUUUGAUUGGGACACGAUUUUGCAGGUAAAAGGAGACACUGGGAUAAAACUUCAAUACACCCACUGUCGGCUGACGAGUUUAGAAGAAAAUGCAGGCGCUAUUCCAGCGACGGUUUGCAAUUCCGAGAUAUUGAAGGAGGAAGAAGUGACCAUUUUACUGAAACAAAUGGCGAAAUUUCAAGACGUUUUGCAUAUUGCCAAUGAGCAGCUGGAGGCCAGCGUGCUGGUCACAUAUUUGUUCCAUCUCUGCAACCGUUGCAGCAACCAUAUAAGCAAAGCCUUAAAACGGUUACAAGUGAAAGGAAUGGAUCCUGAAGUGGCGUCUCAAAGGUUGUUGCUAUUUAAUACAGCCAGAGAGGUUUUGAAAAAUGGCAUGACCAUUCUGGGGCUGACACCUUUGAAAAAAAUGUGAUCCAAACUUGAAACGUUGAGGUAGAACAAUAAAUGUUGAAUUUUAA